AUGCAACUGACUCGCUGCUGCUUCGUGUUCCUAGUGCAGGGCAGCCUCUAUCUGGUCAUCUGUGGCCAGGAUGAUGGUCCCCCCGGCUCGGAGGACCCUAAGCAUGAUGACCGUGAGAGUCAGCCCCGGUCCCGGGUACCGCGGAAACGGGGCCACAUUUCACCGAAGUCCCGCCCUAUGGCCAACUCCACCCUCUUAGGGCUGCUGGCUCCACCUGGGGAGGCAUGGGGAGUCCUUGGGCAGCCCCCCAAUCACCCCAACCAUAGCCCCCCACCCUCAGCCAAGGUAAAGAAGAUCUUUGGCUGGGGAGACUUCUACUCCAACAUCAAGACAGUAGCCCUGAACCUGCUCGUCACAGGGAAGAUCGUGGACCAUGGCAAUGGUACUUUCAGCGUCUACUUCCGACACAAUGCCACAGGCCAGGGCAACAUCUCCAUCAGCCUUGUGCCUCCUAGCAAGGCCGUGGAGUUCCACCAGGAACAGCAGAUCUUCAUCGAAGCCAAGGCCUCCAAGAUCUUCAACUGCCGAAUGGAGUGGGAGAAGGUGGAACGAGGCCGCCGGACCUCGCUCUGCACCCAUGACCCAGCCAAGACCUGUUCCCGAGACCACGCCCAGAGUUCGGCCACCUGGAGCUGUUCCCAGCCCUUCAAAGUUGUCUGCGUCUACAUCGCCUUCUACAGCACAGACUAUCGGCUGGUACAGAAGGUGUGCCCAGAUUACAACUACCAUAGCAACACCCCCUACUACCCUUCUGGGUGACCCUCGGCAGGCCACAGUGGCCAGGCCAGGGCUGGAGUGCAGGCC